CACGUACAUUUAGGCGGUCCAGCUCCACGGCCCCCGCGAAAAGAAUAGGAGGCGAAAUGUCUGCAGAGCCUGCUCUCGCCUCUGCGUCAAAACUAGCAGCUCGAGCAGCCCGAUUCUCCAACACCCUCCCAGGCAACCGUUACAAAGAGCUUGAAGAAGCACGAGCCAAGGAGGUACAACAGUACCAUGCACAGCAGAGAUUAGUGAGGGAUGGGAAGGUGGAACUUGAAGACGCGGUGGAGAUGAAAGGGACUUGUGAGAAGAUGUGUAGUGAUUAUGAGAGAGAGUUUAGGGAGUGGACGAGAGAGGUGCAUCCAUUCGAGGCUACUCCAGAUAAGAGGAUGGAUCCCGCAAAAGCUGUUGCAGCCUACUCUCGUUCGGAUGCGGGUGCAGGCCAUGGUACCGCUGCCAUCCUCCCUUCCGACCUUCGUACACCUCAGACCCUCAUUCGUACACUCGACUAUCUGUUCACAUCCAUCAUGACUCUUUUACCUUCCUCUUCUUCCGACUUACCACCGAAUAGUGAACUGGCGCAACGCAAGGCACUUGGAUAUAGCGCAGGUUUUAUUCGAGAUCGUACCAGAGCCAUUCGGAAAGAGUUUGCGAUGCAGAGCAGCUGGGGACAUGAAGAAGCUAUUGAGAGCUUUGAGAGGAUAGCAAGGUGGCAUAUUCUCUGUUUGCGUGAACUUCAGGAAGAGGAGGGAACGAACAACGAUAUGCACAUCGAUUCUGCCGAACUCGGAAGAUGUUUUACAAGCUUAAGACAACACUAUAACGACCGUCGUGAAGAAUCAGGUCUCGACAUGCCCUGCUCCCACGAACCGGAAUUCAGAGCAUAUAUGCUAGUUUACGACCUCACCUCGAAAUCCAUCUCAAUUCCUACCUCCGAAUUACCCUCCUCUAUCCUGUCUCACCCUCUUGUCAAAAUUGCAUGGGAGAUAAGACGAAGUGCACAGAGGAAUUUUGACAGUCAAAAAGAAGGAUCAAAGCAUAAUGCCGAGUUGGGAAUGAACAACAUCCGGCGCUUUAUCAAACUCCUUUCUUCUCCCAAGGUCCCCUACCUACUUGCAUGCCUCGUGGAGAUCCGUCUAAGGGAAAUGAGAAGGUCAGCAUUACGUGCGAUGACCAGGGCGUAUCCGAGAUUGAAAACGGAGCCAAUAAGGGUGAAUGAAAAAGGAGAAAUCGUGGAAAGGAGAAUGGUGUUGAUCGAAACCCUCAACAAGAUAUUAGGGUGUUUGACUCCAGAUUCGACUCCUUCAGCAUGGGAUGACGUGCCACUCCAAUCCUCUGCCGAGUUCAACGCAGACAGUGAGAGUGAAGCGAUCUGCAGGCGAUUUAAUAUCCCACUCUUUCCUCCUGACAAUGAAAGCGGAGGAAAGAGGGGCGCCCUGAUCAAUCUGGGGACACCAUUCGACGAUAACAAGGACGCACCGUACACUAGACGAUGGGCUUUGGUCAGUGCGAAACGGGGUGGGAAAGCGUUUGUAGAAGUUGUCAACAGUGGUAGUCCCCUUACAAGCGAGGACACACUGUCCAUCGCUGCACCGUUCAAGACAACAGCGAAAGCACCAGCGUCCGUAUUGGCGUUUGGAGGCCCUGGGGCAUCGUCGGCGUUUGAUUUCAAGAAACCCCCAUCGUCGACUACGACCCCAUCCUCUGCCAGACCUAUUGAAGGGCAAACGAGCAUGUCGGCUUUCAGUUUUGGCUCGGGAGCUGGGACCGGCUCUGUCUUUGGCUCGAUAUCCACCCCAGCGACUACGCCUAAUAAACCUUCUUCAGGGGCAUUCAACUUUGGCUUUUCCAAACCAUCUUUCGCUUCCGCUUCCGGCUCCGCUUCUAUUGCCCCAUCUGCUCCUGCCGGUGCUCCUGGUGUAACUCCGGCUCCAGCCGGGACAUCACUGCCUUCGAGUAUGAAGGCUACAUCUACGUCGGGAACUCCACCCUUAUUUUCAUUGCCACCCUCUCAACCCAUGAAAGAGAAGGAGAAGGAGAAAGAGGUGGAUGCAAAUGCAAAGGGCAUCCCUGAUUUCUUCUCUUCUGCAGCUGCUCCUACUGCAGCUCCAGCUCCAGCUUCGGUGCCCACAGCCGGACUCUCUACUUCAACCCCUGCCCCUCUUUUUGUGCCGCCAGCAGCAACGGGAGACAGCAAAGCGGGCAUUGAUGUAACAAAUGCAAAGUCCAAAGAAAGAGGACAGAAAGACAAACCGAGUUUCUCUUUCGUCUUUGGCUCUACACCUACAUCUACUUCCUCAGAACCCGCGUCGGCGCCUAUACCGCUUACAUCUCCGCUAGCGAUUGAUGAGAAGAGUAGGAAGCGUGCGGCAGGUCAGGAAGGUAAAAAGGAACAAGGCGGGGGGAAGCCAGAGCUUUUCACCUUUUCGGUGGAUCGUGCUGCGAGCUCUGGGAGUGGGAUCAGAGAAGGUGUCGAGGAUAAGCCGUUGUUCUCGUUUACAGCUACUCCAGGUCCGUCGGCAUUGGGUGCAUCUACAUCUGCUGCAACCUCCGCAAAUGCCGCGCCACCGCUCGGUGCCCACCUCAAUACCAGUGCUUCCACUGUAUCCCCGCUCACACCUGUAUCUGCGUCUGUAGCAGGUCCUGCUUCGACCACUACUCCACAUACUCCUCACACAGUCGCACGAUCACGCCCGCAUAGGGAUCCUUCCCUCCUCCUCUCGACAUCCACACCGACCUCUCAAUUAAACCUUCUUUCCCCUUCUCUCUCGAAAUCAUCCCCCAGAAUUAGUCUUGACGUUUAUCACGCUGAAAGACUGAAGCGUAGGCAGGCUAUCCCAUCUGUAUGUGAAGAGCUAGUGGUACAAGUUAUGGAGGGGAUAUUGAGAGACUGUUUGACCCCUGAUCUGGAAGUCUUUGUAAGACAGCAAUUGGCUGAGCGGACGUAUGCUGCGAGGAAAGCUUAUCGAUCAGAGACGAUCAGGUUUUGGUCAGAGGUUUUGUUCCGAGAUCAUUUUUUGCUUGGUUCUACCCCCGGCAAUGGCGGUGGGAAUAGGGAUGGGCUUGUAAGAGAGAUUGCAAAGGAGGCGAUGUUAGAUGAAAUCAGACGACGAUGGAGGGCGAGGGAAGCAGGAAAAUGGUGGAAGCUCUGGGCAAAGGAGAAGAGAGAAAGAAGGGAGGGGGGGGAGAGAAAGAGAAGGGAAUGGCUGGGAGGGUUGAAGGAAAUGGGAUUGGGUGCUUCCAUGGGUUCUUCGACAACUGUCUUGGGUGCGAAAGCGAAUGGAGUGGGAGAUGUGAGCAUGGAUGUGGAGGUGGACUCAAUGGAUGCUGGGCUGGAUAGUUUACGAUUGGAUAUUGAGAUCAUUCAGGCGGAGAGGGAUAAAGACAAUUUCUUUGCUCCAUCGACGUUUUUAACUUCUAUCGCUCGAUACGUUGCCCCUCAACUCUCCGCUGCUUUCACUUCCGCAACCAUCUCCUUGUCUGAUUCUGCAUCCAGCUCUGGGCCGGAGUCAACGGCUCUCUCUCCGCAUCAAGGACACCCGGCCUUCAUCACUCUCCUCUCCACGCCUUCCCGUGGCUCAUCUGCCGACAAAGCGGUAGAGGGAUGGCUAGUGAGCAAGUUUGCACCUCCUAACUCUUCCUCUCAGCUAGAUCAAGUUCAUGAUGGGGAUGGUGAGACGACGCCAGACGGGGAGAAGGAGCGGGGGUAUAUGUGCGGUGGAGUGGAGUUUGAUCUGAGGGUUGUUAAUAAUGGGAUGAUGCCUAAGCAUUCCAAAGACGAUGGGUGGAUAGGUUUACUUGUCUUUGAGGCACCCUUGAAAACGACUGACGCGAAGAAAGCCUCUGAAAAUGUGGCCAACGCCCAAGAUCGCAUGGGGUUACUUGUGAAGACGCUUCAGGAUGACGGAAAUAGAUUUGCGCCGGGCUUGAUUGUUCUCAGCUGGGAGGAUGAAAGCAUGGAUAAUCUGGCCGAACGUUUACACAUUCAAUCCGAAAUCGCCUCCUUUUCUAAUAAAUCCUUCGUUUCGCUGGGCGUUGCCGAUGAUCUCGACCAACAAUUCGCCAAGGCAUUGGAAGGAUUGGGGGAGGUGGAGGUGAAAGAGCAAGGGAUCGUGAGGCUGCAAGAUGUGGCCGAGAGAGUUCUCUUUCAUUGGAAACAGUUUGUCGACGUCAUUGGACUAUUGUUAUCUCAGCAACGCACCGAUGCUUACCUGGGAUGGACAUGCCUCAAGUCAGGCAUUGAGCUCAUCAAUUCCGUCCCUCGACUUGCAAGGGAAUUCACGGGCGCAAGAGGUUUGGAUAAUGGGAAUGUUCUUGACGCCAUCGCCUUGCCAGAGAUCACUUUCGACGCGCCGUUAUCCAAUGACAAACUGGUUGAUCAAAUGGCUGAAUACUUUGAGAACGAGAUUUUUGUGGGGAUCGAUGAGCUCUCUUUGUUGAUUGUAAGGUUGUCACAGGCAGCGCAGUACGGCAACGCACUCCCUAUCGACGCCAUCUUGCAGUUUCUCUCCUUCUUUGUCCUCGGCGAGUUUCAACAUCGCCAUCUUUUUGCCCGCACGUUCUUUGCCACGGAGACUGAAAUGGGUCGAUGGCAAAGAGAUCAUUUGCGACAAGUCAUCUCCAAGUUUGGAGAACUCGUUGAGAAAAAGAUCCAACUCGUCACCUCUCUCGCCGAGCCUCCUCCCUCUUCUCGUGCUCUUGUAGAGCUUCCUCCCAUCAAAACAUCCUCCCCCACAACCAUUUCAAAAGUCACCGACGGCACCAGCAGCCCUAUUAUUACGCCUACGGGCAAGAAACGUCCUAGGGGUGAAAAGGACGAAAGGGCAAUGUUGGACAGGGAGAAGAAGGGGAAAAAAGAGAGUAAAGCCGCGAAAGCGGAGAGGCUGUUGAGGUUGAUGCAGAAAGUUGAGAAAACGUUGGAUGAGCGGGAUAAUAUUUAUUUGGAAAGGAGAGGGAACGCAGAAGACGUUCUCUUGUUGUAAUCGUACAAAACAAUGACGAGUAGAGAAACACAAGGACAUUGUCCAAUGCAUAAUCUUUUAUUCCAUGUC